CACAGCAGCAGAUGACUAGAGUUUAGCAGUUCGUGUCAUGCGUUUGUACGGUAUUAUGUUGCGUUUUGUGCGUAAUAUGUAAGUGAUUUGAUGGUGGAGACAGGAAAUCACGGAAAGACGCAUAUUGAGUGUGUGGAUUGGGAGAGCACUCAUGGACUCCAAGGGAACUAGUUGGCUGAAAAAAGAGAAGAAUGAAGUAUAUGCUGAACCAGGCUCCUUGGUUCAGUUGCACACAUCUACCAUGAAAGUAAAAGAAGAAUUGGAUGAGCAAGUGAACCAACAGUUUCUUCAAGAUCCACCAAGGAUUGUAAUGCCUAGUCUUCAAUUAAAGCAAGACCUAGAACUGAAACGGGAUUUAGAUGGCAUUGAGCAUGAUGUAAGUUUUCACAUCGGUGAUGCAUUGUGCAUGAAGUACUGUAUGAAUAUCAUGAAAUGCAUUGGGUGCAGUAAAUUCCAGUGAUCAUAAA